GACUUUACAUGUCCGAACGAGGAUAAAUCUAAUUCCACAGUAAUCUGCAGUCACGCAAUUGAAGCCAGGAUUGAGUCGAAAUGAUGGCCAUUGCAUUUGACUGUUGAUGUUCUGACACCCUCCGCGCAUCUAUUCACAGUGUUUUGUUUACCAUCUCGAGCGCGUCCCCCUUCGAGCACGCUGCACCUGACCUACAACAUCCGCGCAUCUUUCCGCAGUACUACCACCAUGGCCGUCACCGUGGAUGCAGAUAUAGACCAUAGCUAUGAGAUCACAGAUCUCCAACACUCACUGCGCAGCGCGAACCUUGAGCUGAGCCUCGCGCAAAGCAAGCAUUCGGUCGAAGCCGUUGUAAGAGACGAGGAAAUCCGGAAGCUGCAAGUCAGCCGCUGCCUCCUCGAAAGCAACAACAGCGACCUCCACGAGCAGCUCGAGGAAGAACAAGCUCGUUCCGACGAACUCGAGAAUGCGCUGGAUGAUGCGCUUCUGAGCCUCGACGAACGAACAGCGGAGAAGGAAGUGGCGCGGAACCAGAUUCGCACACAGUCGAGGGAAAUCGCGAACCUCAAGGCCGAACUGAAGGCUAUGGAAAACGUGACGUCCGACUCCAACAAGACCCUGUCGGAAAAGCUCGCUUUGUCCCGUGAGAUAUCGUCCCUUCGCCCUGAAGUCGAGCACCUGCGCGCCCAAGUUGAGUCGAACCAAGGCCUCCUAUCCGAGAAGCUAGCCUUGCAGCGCCAACUUGCCACAGUACAAGUCGAGCUCGAGAACGAGAAGCGAGCAUCGGCCCGUACCAUCUCGAAACAAGGGAAGAAGAUGGAGCAAGACGAGGAGCUGCGCGCUGAGCUGGAGGAAGUCCGCAAGGAACUGGCCUCGGAGAAGAAAGAUCGCAUCAAGGCGGAAGCCGCCGUCGCAAAGGCCGAGAGAGCUGUCGAGCAGGUACACGCGGACCUGGCCUCUCAACAAAAAGCGACUGAGAAGCUAGAGGCCAAGCUUGAGAAGCUCGCGAAGAAGGACACGAAAGUGAGCAAGCGCGACGAGGCGGCCGACGCUGCGCUUGAAGAGCUUCGUCAGGAGCUCGAGCAAGAGAAGGCCCUGCGCCUCAAAGCAGAAAAGGCCCUUAAGAAAGCUGGAUCUGACAAUACCGAGGUUGAGCAACUUCGCGAGGCGCUGGAGUUGGAGAAGAAGGCGCGCCAGAAGGCAGAGAAGGCAGAGAAGGCGACCACGAGGGGCGCCGAGCAGACGGGCCAAGCCAGCGAUGCACAGAAGGAGCUCGAGGAGGAGAAGCGCGAGCGAAAGAAGCAAGAGAAAGAGUACACCAAGACUCUCGCCGAACUGCAGGGCCGCAAUACCGUCCUUGACGACAAACUCAGUGCCUUCCGCGAGAAGCUUCGGACGACAAAGGAGAAGCUAAAGGAGAAGGAGGCGCAACUUGAGCACGUAGAACGCGCCCAAACCGCACCAGCCACCAAGACCGUGGCCUCCUCGUCCAACACCGUUAAGAACAUCCGCAAACGCACCGCCGCCUCUGUCGAGCCCGAGACAAACCUCGGCACCCCUGGCGACGCCCCAGCAAAGCGCUUCAAGCGCGGCAUCUCCGUAUCCGUCAUGGGCGACACAUCCACUCUCUCGCUAACUCCCUUCUUGAACCGCACCACCGUGGUCGCGGGCAGCCCAAUCACGGAAGAGGACGAGGACGAGGACUCGGCGCCCAUCAAAGCGCCAAAACUCAAACCCAACAGCAAACCCCUCGCGCCCACGGCAGGCACCAAAGCAAACCCCAAGCCACGCAACAAGACUGCGCUGUCCUCCGUGCUAGCCGCCGUCGACUCGUCCUCGGACGAAAAAAACUCCACAAACGAGCCCAAGAAAAUGCCGCCCAAGGACGCAGACGACGCCCCAGCAGGCCUAAAAGCGAAGAAGCAAACCAAACCUGCGCCCUGCAAAUCGCUCCUCGCGUUCGCAGCCUUCACCGCCGAAGACGCGCCCGAGAAGAAGAAGAAGAAGCGCAGGCUCAACACCACGGCGCGCACGCUCUUCGACGCCGACGACGAUGCUGAGAGCUCGCAGCCCAAGCCCAUCGGGCUCGGCAGCGGGAAGGCGCUGUUUGCCGCCCGCGCUCUGGGCAAGGCGGCGCUGGGCAAGGGGCGUCCGAUUAGUGGCGGCUUUGGCAUGCUGAGCGAGGAGGCGUUUGCGUUUAGUCCGUUGAAGAAGGAGAGGCGGCGAAUGGGGGACAGUGUGUUGAAGUGAGGCGUUGAUGGCGCCGUGUUUGACUGAGGGGUGGGGAUUGCGUCCAUCUGGACUGGAGUUUGGGCAUGUGUCAGCGUUGCAACCAUCUAUUCCUUCUCUAUAUUUAUUUUUCUCGGCUCGGAUCGGGCCCAUGUGCUGCCACUCUCCUCUGCCUCCUGGGAAGCAUUGAAUGCCGCUGAGUCGCCUGAUGCAGUCAUGUGUCAUAUAAACGUUAUCUACAGUACGACUCAAGCUCGCUGUCCAUACUCGGUCUCCAGGAUAGAUCGACAGAGAUCCAAACCCUAUGGAACUGGACGAUCGCACGAUCAGACUACCCAGCGUGUAAACGAGUGGAUGUCAGAACUCUAUUCCAU